AAAUUAUAUUACUUCGUGAAUAUUGACGUGUGAGACAUUUUUAAAGCGAAUUUCUGAUACUCCAAAUAUUGAAAACAUUAAAAAGUCGUUUCUUAGAUCAUGAAACAAAACCGAGAGAAUAGGAUAGAUAUUAAUUUGUGAUAUUUCAUUAGAGUAGGGAAUCUACCACAUUUUGUUGCAAAGUACGGACUGAUAAUAUUUGUUUUGAUGAAAAACACGUAGGAUUGAGCUCUUAACGUUUUUAUCACACUACCUUGUAUUUUUAAAGCCUUAGCAACAACACGUAGCUACCAAGAUUACUUCCCUCUAAAUGUUGAUAUGUUGUUGACGCAUUAGAGUUUUUAUUAAAGCAAUUAAAAAUGUUGACAAAUGACCAGAUGUAACUACAUGUAAAUUAAUGUACUCCACCGUGGAUGACAAAAUUGCAGAGUGACUAACACGAACAAAUUUAAUUAAAUUUAAUCCAUGAGAGGAAGAAUAACUUUAACGUUAUGUAAGUAAGUCAAUGGAACAUUAACUAUUUGUAAUUAUUUUUAUUGCAUUUUUGUUAAACAAAGAAAAACAUUGACAUUCGUCAUUGACUACUGUGUAUUGACAAUAUGAAGAAGUCAAGAAUUUGGAUAUUGUUCUUCUUAUUUUUAUUUCAGAGUCAGGUAGAUUCAGAUACAAGUUUCUUAUAUAAUACUGCUGAAAGAGGUUUUCAAGAUUGGAGUUUGAUGGGCACAAGAAACGGUGAAGAAGAAACAAUUCCACACAAUUUUACUUCAAUCAUUAGUUAUAAUAUACCUAAUGUAUAUUCCCACGUUGACAUUAUUAGUCCAGUCAUCUCUGUCAAACCAGCAUGGAAAUUUACUAUGAAUAUAAGGACUUCCAUCAUAAGAACAGAAAUUGCUCUUCUUAAGAGUGGUGGUACUAGACCAGACUUGGUUUUUAUUUUUAACCCAACAGACUAUGAGGAACAGGAAGAUAUCUUAGUAGAUAGAAAUGGGAACCACUUAAAUUAUUGGAGAUUUGGUGUUCGUGUGAGAGUUGCAGGGUUAAGUUUAGAGGCGAAUGUAACAUCAUUAACCCUAACAUACAUCAACUGCCCAAAAACGGUGUAUAACUUAGCUGAAUACAACAACACUGCAGCAUCCGAAGAUGAUAAUCCAAAAGGGACGGACGGUAAAUGCGUGGAAAAUGCAGAACGAGCUGACGGGUAUAAUAUUUUGAACAGGCUUUGUGAUCGGAACGGUGUGGCAACUUAUGAGGGAGUGUGUCGAUGUAAGGAGGGACAUGAACGAAAAAACAAUAAAUGCAAAGCGUGCCCGGAAAACUUCUUCCGAACAACGAAAAUGAAAUUGCGCAAUGAAACAAGUUGCCUAAAAUGUGGCGAAAGAAGUGAGGACUCGAUGGAUAAAACAGCUUGUCGAUGCAAUCAGAACACCUUUAGAAUAGCAAGUGAACAAACUGAGAACUCGAAGAACUGCUACUUCUACCCUGGACCACCACGGAACCUCCAAUUAUCAUCAGGAAGCACAACCGUCACAAUGCAGUGGUUGGUGCCUGGAAAUAACAACAAGUUGAAAAAACCAACCAACAGAUAUAUUGUAAAAUGCACAGAACCUAAAAAUCUGUGUAAAAAAUCACCAAAAGCAAUCAAUGGAUCGGUUCCUACAAGCGUCUUUAAAGGAUUGUACUCGCAUAUCAAUUACAAGUUUACCUUGUGUGCACAUAACGAAGUUUCUUCUAGUAACCAGCAUGAAAUGUUCCAGGGUCAGACGGCUAACUGUGUAUUUAAAGAAAUACGAACCAAAGAUGGAUUUCCGACAGAAGUUGCUGAUUUUAAGUUUUCUGGCCCCGUCAAUGAAGUCUAUUCCUUCCUUUGGGAACCGCCAAUCUCAACAGGCAGUGCAAAUUUCCAUUACGUACUAACUUGCGACAAACUCGUCAGAAGGAUCGAGCAAGACAUGAAUCCUUUUCAAGUGACUAUUAAUACAAAAGAGAAAUCUGUAUUGUGUUCUAUGAAGGUAAUUUCUUCAAUUGGUGAAGGACCAGCUGUAAAUCUAACUUUGCCCAAGACUAGCGCGUCGGAUUCAAAUUCAGUUAGCGUAACAGUAAUUGUUGUUUCGGUUUGCGUGGGUUUAAUUUCAUUGAUAGUCAUUGUUGCUUUCUUGGUUUGGUGCCUUCGAAGAACACGCCCGCGACAGCAACCUGUCAUUGUUGAUAAUGAAGCUCUAAUCAUGGAAGCUGUCCAACGUUUAAUGGCACACCGUACAAGGAAUUUAUACGUUCCACUUGAUAUAUCCUUGGAACAAACAAUCGUAGCUUUGGAGGGUGAAGCACCUUUAUAUGAAGAGGUGCCGCUGCAAGGAUAUAAUUAUCCAGCUCAGAAAUUAAAUAUAUUGGAUGAUCUCGGUGAAGGAAACUUUGCGAAAGUGUAUCGAGCAGAAGCGUGGGAUAUUUGUGGUUCAAUUGGGAAAUCUGUAGUUGCGGUUAAAGAAUUAAAAGCUGAUUGUGACAAAACGGAUCGUGACGAUUUCGAAGGUGAACUUAUCCUAAUGCAGGACUUAAAAUACCACGAGAAUGUGGUCAGAUUGCUUGGUAUAUGCUCAGAACCGAGAUGCAUGAUUGUAGAAUAUUUACCUGGAGGAGAUCUACUUAGUUUCUUGUUGAAAUCCAGACAAUAUCGUUGCCAGUCACCAAACAAUACAGCUGAAGGAUCCUUUUUAACUGCUGAGCAUUUAGUCACAUUUGCGUGGCAAAUUUCUUUGGGAAUGAAUCAUAUCGCACAGCAUAAUAUUUGCCAUCGCGAUCUCGCAUGUCGAAAUAUCUUGGUUGGUUAUAACAGGGUAUGUAAAGUAGCUGAUCUAGGAUUAGCUAGAAGAUUAAACAAGGAGGGAAUAUACAAAAGGGAAAAACAGGCAAAACUUCCUGUUAAAUGGCUUCCACCAGAAUCCAUUCAAAUGGGAAGAUCUUCAAAAAAGAGUGAUGUAUGGUCAUUUGGAAUUCUUCUAUGGGAAAUAGUCACUAUCGGUGGAGUUCCUUAUCCAGACUUUAAAUCUAAAGAGGUACCUCAGCUCUUACGAGAAGGUUAUCGAAUGCCCAGACCAGAUCACUGUGAUGAUGAAAUUUAUGACAUUAUGAGUGAUUGUUGGAGUGAAACUGAGGAUCUGCGUCCAUCUUUCUUACAGUUAUCAAAAAGCUUAGAAAAAUUAAAAGAAGGAAAUAAAACGUAUAUCAACCUUAGCGAAUGUGCAGAUGAUGCUUAUCUUCCAUUGGAUGAUGAAAGUGAAUUUAUUGAUGGAAUGGAUUUUAAUGAUGACAAUGAUAUGACAGUGGUUCACCAUUUUUAGAAAUAGAUUCUAUUCAGUAUGUGAUUUUCACCUCCACUCGAUAAAAAUGUCAUUUCGUGUUGGCAAUUUAUAUAGAUUAGAAGAAAUGGUUGCAAAAAUCUAAAACGCAAUUCUGUCAUAGUAACUGAAAUGUAAUGGGUUUAAAUAACGGACUAAGAAUUAUUGUAAAAUUGUUUUGUUCCUAUGGAAAUAUCUAUAUUUUAAUAACCGUGUACGUCUCUUUGUCACGCAAGUAGCAAGACGCACUCAAUGUGGUAGAAAAAGGACGGGCGAACCUGGCCACCGACUUGUACUACUCAACUUUUAAACCCCCGAAUUUGAUGCUGUAGUUUAUAGUGUUAUUAAUUUUAGAAAAAUACAUCAAACCUGUAACAAAUAGUAUAUAAGACUUUGUACUCUGUUUAAAGAUGUUUUUAUUAUUCUUUUUGACCAAGUAUUUAUGAUACUAUAUAUAUAUUUUUUUUUUUAUUACGUAAUGCUAUGGAGAUUUAUCUUAUAUUAUAAAAAGAAUUUCAGAAACUUGUAAAUAAUUAA